CCACCCACGCGCUUCCACUCCACUCCAAGUGCGACUUCCCGCUCACGCGCCCAGGAGAGGAAAGAUUCAGUUCUGUCUUUUAUCCAGAACUUCAGCACAUCUGAUCUGUCGCAGUUCAAUUCGGAAAUGGGGGGAGUUCGGAUCCCAAGGCAAAUGUUUCUGUGGAGCAUGGCGAGCAUAUAUUUAUUUGCUUUUGCGUCUCUCUACGUCCAGAUACCAGGUCUGUAUGGUGAGGAUGGUGUAAAGCCAGUGCGUGUACCCCGAGUGGGGACGCCUCUUCUGGAGAAGCUGCAGGACAUCCCGUCCCUCCUGUGGCUCGCUCCGUCCUUGGACAUCGGACCUCAGCAGGGUCUGGAGCUCAUCUGUCUGUUGGGGGCGCUGCUGAGCUUGGGAGCCGUGCUGCUGAGUGGCCUGAGAGACAGUCUGGUUUAUCUCUGCCUCUGGGCACUUUACCUUUCCCUUUACACUGUUGGGGGAGAUUUUCUUCAGGCAGAGUGGGACCGUCUUCUGUUAGAGGCAGGUUUUCUGGCCUUCCUGGUCGCUCCAUGUGGUUUAGUGCGACGCUCCUCUGCCCCACAUGAUUCUGUGACCUUCUGGUUGACCCGCUGGCUGCUCUUCAGGCUUGUAUUUUGCACCGGAGUGAGCAAACUGGCCAGUGGUGACCCGUGCUGGUGGGACCUCACAGCGCUGAGUCGGCAUUAUGACACCCAAGCAAACCCCACACCCUUGGCCUGGUACGCCUAUCAGCUUCCUGAUUGGCUGUCGAGGCUCGGUGCAGUUUGCAUAUUGAUGGUUGAGAUUGCUGUUCCGCUUCUGAUGUUCUUCAUUCCUGUUCGUGGAUUAAGAAUCAAUGCCUUUUCCAUCCUGGUCGUUCUCCAGCUCGGUAACAUCCUCCUGGGCGGCUGCAGUCUGUUCCACCUGCUGACCAUCGCACUGGGCUUCUCGCUGCUCGACGAUGAGGCGCUCAGCUGCUCGCCAACCCCCAAGAAAAAGGCCAAGACUAAGACUUGGGGCCAGUUUUUCGUCUCAAGUCUGCUGUUUCUUUUCAGGCUAGCUGUCCAUCUUCUUCUUAUUUUCAGUGCAGUAAUGUUCUUCAAAUUGGAGGUCGAUUGGGAAAAGAUGAUCGUGACGUCGAAACCAACCUUUACCAAAGAAGGCUUUAAUAACUUUGUGUACCAGAUCCAGGUUCCUAGCAUUUGGAUCGGAGUGCUUUCUCUGACUUGGGAAGCUGUAGCUUCCCUGCUGAAGUGUUUGUAUGUACGAGGUGUCCUGGGCAAACUGUGGGCGUUCAUCCAGUGGGUCACUUUCACUGCUGCCACUGUGGGGGUUUUUGCUCUCAGCCUGGUUCCGUACACUGCUCUAGCAGGAAUGUCCAGCAGUAAAAUUUUACCCGGGGUGAGGGAGGCCUAUGAAGCUGUGGAGAAGUUUCACCUGGUCAGUUCAUACGGCAUUCAGCACCGAAUGAUUCCUCCUGCAGGACGGCCGGAGAUCGUCAUCGAGGGCAGCAUGGAUAAGAAAACAUGGACGGAGCUGAGCUUCAUGUAUAAGCCCGGCAGUACGAGUGGCGUUCCUGCAGUUCUCGGGCCUCAUGAGCCGCGGUUAGACUGGCAGCUGUGGGAAGCUGCUCGACAACAACAUGACCAGAGCCCGUGGUUUACAGGCCUGAUCCAGCGCCUACUGGAGGGCAAACAGGACGUGGUAAGUCUGCUGCAGGUGAAUGAAGCUCAGUACCCCUUCAGCUCCAAACCACCAGCUUUCAUCAGGGCUAAAGUCUACCACUACCGUUUCACCCACACGCCUGAAGACGGGACGGAAGCACUGACCUGGUGGAAACGGCAGUAUGUGAGGGAUUUCUUUCCCACGGUGCACUUGAGUGACCCGACACUCAAAGAGUUGCUGAGUGAAGCUGGACUUAAGGAGGAGUUCCCGGUCCAUCGUGGCUCCGACACGCCUCUCUCACAGGCUCUGAGUGUGCUCCAAAGCCAGUCGAAGGGUCUUUCUGGACACCUCCUGACUUCGAGCCUGUUCGCCACCGUGGUGUCCAUCCUCCUCAUCAAACUUCUGUUCUCUCGAACCAGGAGCACUAAAGGCACAAAACCCAGACCGUCUGCAUCCGAACAAAAGAGUAAGAAAUCCAGAGAGCACACUGAGCCCUCUGAGAAAAGCCGCGGUGCCUCCAGCCGAGGAGGCAAGAAGGAGAACUCGGAAGACAGGAAGCUUGACUCCUCUGAUAAAAGCCCGCGGAAGAGGAAGUGAGCUCCGGAGCGCCACAUCCGGCAGAGAUGACAGAUUUAUUCUCAGGUGUAUGCUAACUACGCAAUUACCGUCCAAUUCUAUCCAUUAAAUUAUUUUUCUAAACCCCCUCUCGGAAUAGUGAAGUGUUAUUUGGUCUGAUGUUCACGGAUUGCAGCUUUAGAUCAUGCACUCUGUAACAGAACCACUGAAUGAACCAGGGCUUCGGAUGAUCACACAUCAUCUUAGGGCAGUGUGUGAUUUUUGUUUAUUUUUCUCUGUAAGGGCUUAAAACACUAGCACUUUCCCUGGUAACGCUAUUUGUCAUAAAUUUGUUUUUGAAGUCAUUGGAGAUUAUAUUUUUAAUAGGAUUUUUUUUUUUCAAAAGCAAUCUGCAUGAUGUCCUUUAAUCACAUUCAUUUAAAAGAAAUAAUGAGAUGUAUUUUAUCCCAUGGUCUGAACCUUUGACAAAUAUUAAAAGUAUGAUGUUUCUUA